ACUGCGAAGGGCGGAGCAGCAACAUGGCGGCGCCGGGAGCUGGUGAUCCUCUAGAUGCUGACAGAGGCAAGGCCCCGUUCGCUCAGCGCAUCGACCCGACUCGGGAGAAACUAAGUCCCGCGCAACUGCAGUUCAUGCGGCAGGUGCAGCUAGCCCAGUGGCAGAAGACGCUGCCACAGCGGCGGACCCGGAACAUCGUGACUGGCCUAGGCAUCGGGGCUCUGGUGUUAGCUAUUUAUGGUUACACCUUCUACUCAGUGUCCCAGGAGCGUUUCCUAGACGAGCUGGAAGACGAAGCCAAAGCUGCCCGAGCCCGAGCUCUGGCGAGGGCAUCAGGACCCUAAGCUGAAUGGGCACUGCACAUCUCCAACCUGCCAGAGUCGCUUCAUGUGGUGUAUGACACCCUAUGACCCUGUAGAAAUUGAAGCCUGCUCACAGUUUCCUUGGCCUUACUAAUCUCGGACCAUGAUAGAGCCCAAGAAGCCAGAAAUUUACACAUUUGGCCACCGUCAAGGGAACAUUGCCCACUUUGCAUUAACUGUCCAGCGAAUGAGUCCUUCUUGUAGUUUGUUUCCUUGUUUGAGGGGUGUGUGACCUUGGCUUUUCCCCAAGUUUCUGAUUUUACCCCUUUUACCUCACAGGGACACAACUGUUAGGUGGUUGAUGUGGCAGCUUUGUGCAGUGUUGGAGCAUAAAGUGGGAAAAAUAGGUCCAAGUUGAGAAUAAUAAACUGAGUCAUCUCUCCUGGAGCCAA